CUCCUCGCCCAUCAAAUACCAAGUCCAUUCCUCCUCUGUUUCUUCCUUCCACCACGCGAUCAGCGCGCGCGCGAGAGAGAGAGAGAGAGAGGGAGAAGGCGCGAUCGCAAUGGGGAGGAUCCAGUACGCGGCGGUGGCGAGGGGGGCGGUGGUGAUGGCGGAGCACGGCGACGCGGCGUUCCCCAACGCCGGGGCCGUCGCGCGGCAGAUCCUCGACCGCCUCUCCGCCGGCGAUGGCGGCGGCGGCGGCGAUUGCAACAUCUCCUACACGCAGGAUCUCCACGUGUUCCACGUCAAGCGCACCGACGGCGUCACCGCGCUCUGCAUGGCCGACGACGCCGCCGGACGACGGAUUCCCUUCGCGUUUCUUGAGGAUAUCCACGGAAGGUUUGUCAAGACGUAUGGUCGUGCUGCUCUCACUGCUCUUGCUUAUGCGAUGAAUGAUGAGUUCUCGAGGGUUUUGGGCCAACAAAUGGACUACUACUCAAACGAUCCCAACGCAGAUAGAAUAUCUCGGAUGAGAGGUGAAAUGGAUCAGGUCCGGAAUGUUAUGAUCGACAACAUUGACAAAGUACUCGAGAGAGGUGAUCGUCUGGAGCUGUUGGUCGACAAGACUGCAACUAUGCAAGGGAACACGAUGCGAUUUAAACGACAAGCUCGCCGCUUCAGAAACACCGUCUGGUGGAGAAAUGUCAAGCUCACAGCCGCAUCGGUAUUCAUCCUUCUUGUAAUAAUAUACAUAGUGCUUGUAUAUAUGUGCCACGGCUUCACCUUACCGUCUUGUAUUUAGUACACCUCUAUACGAAGCUUCAUUCCGAUCCUAAAAUUGUCCCAGGUUCCUUGUAAGAGAAGCUCCGCUGUUGCAAUUUUUCUUCCAACAUAAAAGAGGCAAUGUUGCAUUGCUUGAUCUUGUAAUUUUUUGCACCCACUCCUGGAAGCUCACCAAUGUUGCCAACUUGCCAUCUAACCAUGGUUCACAUCUAUCGAAGAAAAUGGCACUUUCUAAGUU